AUCAAAUAAUUAGUAAUAAUGAACGAAUACUUGUUUUUACAACAACAGAAAAUAUUAGAUACUUAUCUCGUGCACUAUAUUGGAUUAUGGAUGGUACUUUUCAAACUGUUCCUACUAUUUUUUAUCAAUUAUAUACAAUCUAUGCUCCAGUUGAAUCUGCAGAUAAUUUCAAAAUAUUUCCUCUUGUGAACUCACUUAUGACUAAUAAGACCGCAGAGCAAUAUAAAUUGUUAUUUGAAAUCUUAAUUAAUUUUGCAGAAGAAAAUGGAAUAGAAUUAGCACCAACAAGAAUUAUUACAGAUUUUGAAUCUGCAGUUAUUAAUAUGUCGCGUUAUAUGUUUCCUGGAGUAAUUAACAAAUCAUGUUUUUUUCAUUUGAGUCAAAAUGGCUGGCGAAGAAUACAAAAAUAUGGAUUAGCAGGUCAAUAUGGAUGUGAUGAAUGUUUUAGUAUUAAAAUACGCUGUUUAUUUGCUUUGGCUUUUUUACCAGCUCAAGAAAUUCCAGAAGCAUUCGAAUUUUUAAAGCCAUUAAUACCUUCAAAGGCAAAACAACUUGUUAAAUGGUUUGAAGAAACAUAUGUACUUGGAAAAGUUCGUUCAGAAAUUGAAAGUGAUUAUAUAAUUCGUUCUGCUCCUCUCUUUUCACCUCAAUUAUGGUCAGUACAUGAUUCUGUAGAUACUGGAGUUCCAAGAACUCAAAAUGUCGUUGAGGAGAUGCAAAAAGAACAGCAAAAUAUUGAAGCCCAAAUUGAACGUAUUAUUCGUGGUGAACAAGUUAAGCAAAAAAAGAGAUUAGCUAAGAAAGAAAAGAGAAUUACGACUAUUGUAAAUAAUCAGAAUAAUCUUUCAUUAAUAGAAUUCCUUACCAGAAUUGCCCAUAAUUUGUCGAUUUAA